UUUAAGUACAGAGUAAGUCCAAAUAUAUGUGACAGAGUAACAGACUGGUUAGGUUUAAUAUAAAACUACUCGUAGUUUGAAAGUGGGGUUUUAGAGGGGUUUAGUCAAAUUGAACUAUAGAAAAUUAAAGAUGAGUUCAAGUUUACGGAAAGAAAUGGGUUUUCUGGGUUUAAUCAUAGUGGGAGUAUUUGUAUUGAUGCCCAAAAAUUAUGCAAAAUCAUCAGAUACAAAAAUAAAAGUUGAAAGCAAGGAGAAGUUGUUAAGAUUCAACAAAAAUGGAGAAUUUAAAAUACUACAAAUCUCGGAUAUGCACUACGCUAAUGGCAAGGACACUCCUUGUAGGGAUGUCUUGCCAUCUCAAAUGGAAACUUGCUCUGAUCUCAACACCACACAUUAUCUCCGCCGUUUCAUCCACACUGAGAAGCCUGACCUUAUUGUUUUCACUGGUGACAACGUGCAUUCAAUGGAAGCAUAUAACUACAAUAGAUCGAUGGAUGAAGUAUUUGCAGCAGCAAUUGAGUCCAACAUUCCAUGGGCUGCUAUCCUAGGAAACCACGAUGUUAAUGUAUUGCAAACUGGAAUUUCAAGACAAGCAGUGAUGGAAUACAUAGCCGGAAUGAAAAACACUCUAUCCCUCCUCAAUCCUUCCAAUCUCCUACAAGGUGAGUCCAUUUGGGGUUGGGGCAAUUACAACUUGGAGGUCGCCGGUGUCCAAAACUCCCCUCUUCAAAACAAGUCUGUCCUUAAUCUUUAUCUCCUUGAUACCGGUGAUUACACCUACACCCUCGCUCCUACAUUUUACAUGGGCUAUGAGUGGAUCCAUCCUUCUCAGCAAUCUUGGUUCCUUCGCACCUCCAAACAACUUCAACAUGCCUACACCAGCCCGCCUCAACCACAACAAGGACCCGCUCCAGGGUUGGUAUUCUUCCACAUUCCUAUACCCGAAUUCAACAACAUCACGGAAUCUGAUAUGGUGGGUGUAAAACAGGAGCAUGUCAUUUGCCCCGGUGUUAAUUCAGGUUUCUUUGAUACAAUGCUUGCAGCUGGAGAUAUUAAGGCUGCAUUUGUAGGACAUGGUCAUGUCAAUGACUAUUGUGGCAAGCUUUGUGACAUACAACUUUGCUAUGAUGCCGGAUUUGGGUACCAUGGAUAUGGAUUAGCUGGUUGGGCAAGAAGGGCAAGGGUGAUCAAUGUUAAGUUAGACAAAACUAAAGACGGUAAUUGGGGUCCUGUUAAGUCCAUCCUUACUUGGAAGCGACUUCAUGAUGAUCGUCUCACUCUCAUCGAUCCUGAAGUUCUUUGGACCUCUACUGGUGGAGAUCGAACUCAAUCCUUGUUCAAACCAAUUAUGAGCGAAUAAACUUAUUUGCUGAUGUUGAUGGAGAUGGAGAUGCAGAUACAAACUAGAUAGGAGUAUUUAGAGAUUAGUAUUUAUAGCUAGUUGUAUGAAUUAACCAAGAAUAAAAUUUGGCCUAUGAUUAGCUUGUAUCAAAGAUAAAAGGCCAACAUCAAACCCAUAUUUGUCUUGUACUGUACUGUACUGUUUUACAUUGCUGAUUGAUGUUUUAUGUAAUCUUAGACCAACGAUAUUGAGCCUCUGUUUGAAGUUUCUUAAGAUUAUGUGUACUUUGAUCUUGGUCAUGAGCCUAACCAGGGCAUGGAAUUGAAGUUUCUUAUUAGAAUAUUCUGACCAUGUAUGAAUAUUGUUCAUGUUUCUUAAAGUUUGUGACGGGGACUCCAUUAACAUCAU